CAGCAACCUUCCCUGCUUGCUCUCGCCCAUCAUUAGCUCUAGGCGAUCCUUGAGCUGGACUGCGCCAGAUCCAUGCAUACUGUCUUUACUUCCCGUACGAUGAGCUCCAACCGUCGAAGUGGUCGUACAGGUGGACCAGCCAAGGCUUUACUUUCAACGAGAGCAUUCAUCGACCGUUUGGACAAUGGACUCACCGCUGCGGAAGGUGCCCAGGAUGUGAUAUCCAUGAUAACUUCUCGACGAACGGUCACAAAGCUCAUUCUUGGACAUAACAAGCUGGCCGACGAUGGAUGUAUCGUUCUCUUUCGUUUCUUGGGCUCUGCGGCUGGGAGGAAAUAUCGAAUAACAGAGAUUAGCUUGAAUUCGAACGAGAUCGGUGACCGGGGAUUAUUGGCUAUUGCAGCGUAUCUGAAUGGGAACCAGUAUCUCACCGAUUUGUUCCUGCAGAAUAACCGGUUUUCAGGAGACCCUUCAGUCAUUGAGACUUUCACAAACAGCAUCAACUCCUCCCAUCUCGAAAUGCUCUCUCUCACCACCAACAUCGCCCUCUCUGACAAUUUUGUCGGUGCAUUCUUCUCCAGCCUCCGGUCAACGUAUUUGAAGGAACUUCAUGUUUCAGCUACCGGCAUCACGCAUCGCUCAGCACCACAUAUUAUCUCCUACAUUUCCUCUCACGAACGUUGUCGCCUACAUACCUUCAAGUGCAACGGGAACGCCCUGGGUCACAGUGCGGUGAAGCGCAUCAUCAGUGCUAUUGAGAAGAGGAAUUUUGUUCUUUCCGGCAUCGAGCUUUAUUCCAACCACAUGGCCACGGAGUCGGACGAUGAUGAUACUUCAUCCGACGAUACUGAUUGGAAGGAAUUGGAAAGCAAGCUGCGGCUAAUUCUUUCAAGGAAUAUGCACCUUAAACGUGUCGCAGAGAAAGAAGCUCUAGGUCUGCUCUGUUACUCUCGAACCCUCCUUCUUCCCUCAACAUCCUCCGCCCUCUGUAUGCUACCCACUGAAAUUAAACUCCACAUCCUCUCCUUCCUCGCCCCAAGUCUCUCACCAUCUCAGCGCAUCAAUGUGUGUACUUACGCCUCGGCGCUCACAACUCUACCUCCACUACUUCCCAAAUUGAGCGGUGGUGAACUCAAGAUAUGUCUACCGGAUCCAUUCAGUCUAGGGUUUGCUGAGGGCGAGAAGAAAGUAUGGGAAGUGCGUGGUGCCACUGGUGGAUGUGCAUCAGGGAAAUGCCUUGGCGCCGUUCUUUGCCAUAAAGAGCAGCAACGAACGAAAUGGCUUGAGGCUGUUGAGUGCUCGGCGUACGAUGGACGUUCAGCAUAGCUAUCUUUAUUUGAUUUAUAGGCAACGCAGGAACGACAUCGCUAUCUGAGAUGAUUGUAUUGAUUAGGCUUGUAACAUUAGAUCUCAUCGGAACACCAUUCUACUUGUCUGGCACGGAAGUGUGAUUCGUUUGAUGCAUUCGCUGAGUAUAUGUGACCUUCAAGGCCCAUGCAUCUUGCACCAUCACCAGCUCUUAUUCGUCAGCAACCAGCUCAAAUACUCCGUCCUCGGG